AUGGGCAGUCUUGGCCCGAAGAUGAGCAUUCCACAGGCCCAUUUCGGCAGCACGACAAAAUCACUCUCUCCUGCUAAAUCAGCGGCGAGGUACCUGAUUCCCGACUCCAGUUCAAAAAAAAGAGGGUUCCCUUCCCGAUCCCGACUCCCCGGCGGCCGAUCCUCCGCCCACCGGCGAUCGGCUCUUCCUUCCACCCUCGAAUUACCCUACCACCAACCACUCUCCCUCCUCGAUCCGCCUCACUCGCGUCCGGCCGGCAAGGAAAUGGCCUCGUCGCUCAUGUCCAUCCCCGACCAUCUCAAGGCCGAGAUCUUCGUCCGGCUGCCGGAACCGGAAGACCUCGCCCGCACAUCUGCCACCUGCGUCACCUUCCGCACACUCCUAGCCGACGCCUCCUUCCGCCGCCGCCUCCGCCUCCUCCACGCCCCGCCCCUCCUCGGCGUCCUCGACCGCGACGGGUUUCAGCCCGCCCUCCCGCCUCACCCCUCCGCGCCUGCCGCCCGCGCGCUCGCCCAAGCAGCCGAUUUCUCCUUCUCCUUCCUCCCCUCCCACCGCCGCUGGACAGUGCAGGACGUCCGCGACGGCCGCGUCCUCCUCGCCGAUGACCCCGAGCCCCAAGUGUACACGGAGCUCGUGGUUUGUGACCCCUUGCACCGGCGAUACAUCGUGCUUCCCCAAGUACCUUAUGCCGUCCCCACUCCGAUGGAGUAUCCAGACCCUGUGGUACACAGGCGUCAUCUUUUCAUAGCUUCCCCCGCCCCCGGCGACAACGGGGCAGCUGCAGCCAUGGAAGAGGUGGAAAGGGCAUUCAUAGUGGUCUUGAUAGCACAUUGUCAAACUGGGCUGGCUGCCUUCGUCUUCUCUUCGAGGACCGGACAAUGGCGAGCUGCUGCACCCAAGGGUUGGAGUGAUUUGUUCACCAGCAAAGGAGAGUCAACCCUCAUCACAUCAAUACACCCUAAGUUUGUCGGGCGCCAUUACGCUUAUGGCUGCUUUUAUUUGGAGUCCACAAUAGAUAACAAGUUUCUCGUAUUUGACACCCGGAGGAUGGAGUUCUCCAUCCUCGACGUCCCACGCGAAGUAUCAAAUAUGUUCGGUCUAGCCAUUGUGGAGGCAGGAGAAGACAGGCUUGGGAUGUUUGACAUCCAUACUGAAAGGAUAACUGGCAAACAUGGAGUCCGUUAUUACAUUAGAGGAAACAAAGGCGAGAGUUCUAGCCAGUGGAAGAUGGAGAAGACAAUCUCACUACAUUAUGAUUAUCAGUACUAUAUCCAAGCUUCAACGGAGAGGUAUUUGCUCCUAAGAAAGUUUGGACCCCUGCAGGUCAUAAACUCAUCUCCAGAGAUGCUAAAGGUGGAAUAUGUCUCAAUGGACAUCAAAACGAUGCAGCUUGAGACGGUUUGUGGUAUAUCUUUUGGAUUUAGCUUGGCCAGCGCGCGCAUCUAUACCAGCUUUCCGCCAUCCUUGUUGUCUGCACCGACACUAUGAAGUGAUUCUGUGGAGCUAUAGUCAGAUCGACAUUCUUAAUUCAAAGUGACUGUGAGAUUUCAAUAGCGGGGAGUUGGAUCACCUUGUCUACAGGGAUGACAAAAUAUCACAAUCUAGAUUGCUUUGCCUGGUGUUGGUCAUGUCUAUGUUUGGAUUAAUUUUACUGUGGCAUCGAUGUGGUUAUUGUUCCCUGCCUGAGAGUCACAUUUGAAUUUACAGUAUUUCAGUUCGCAGUGGUGUCUAUGCUGUUCUUGUAUCAUGCUUGGAAAAUGACAUUGAAAUGAACGUUCGUCUUUAUAUCAGACAAAAGGACUAGCAAAGCUAGGUGAUAUACAUAUCAUUGUUUUUCUAUC